ACUUUUCCCUUUUAACAGUGAUAUAUAAAAGCUUCACUCUGGAGAUUAAUGAGGCACGAUGAUGAUCAGACGAUCUGCAGAUGAAACACUUGGGAUGGAUUUCAUCAGCAACACAUGCUCACCUUUCAACAUCCAGGAUCCUGUCUGAGAAACCUGAAGCAUGCUCCCUGAUUUUACAGAUAUUAGAAUGGAGGAUGGAGUCAGUCUGAAUGACUUUCUGCUGUUUUCCUGCUGAACAACAUGGAGUCCGUAAGACUGACGAUGGCCACAGCAAAGUACACAGUGGUUGGAGAGACGCUACGCUAUGUGAUCCCCACCCACAUGCAGUGCUCCAUCGGGUGUGGAGGCCGAGCCUGCAAAUACGAAGACCCGUCACGCUGGAGUGAAGACCAACAGGCCAUCAGAGGCCUCUACUCCUCCUGGAUCACAGACAACUUACUCGCCAUGGCACGACCUUCUACUGAAAUAAUAAAGAGGUACAACAUCAUCAAGCAAUUCCAAAGGUGUGGGUUGAGGACAGUAAUUAACCUGCAGCGACCCGGCGAACAUGCUGACUGUGGAAACCCGCUAGAGCCGGAAAGCGGCUUUACCUACCUGCCUGAGACCUUCAUGGAGGCUGGCAUUUAUUUUUACAACUUUGUAUGGAACGACUACGGCGUGGCCUCCCUCACUGCCAUCCUGGACAUGGUGAAAGUCAUGUCCUUCGCCAUGCAUGAGGGGAAAGUUGCUGUUCACUGCCACGCAGGACUCGGGAGAACAGGUGUCCUUCUUGCCUGCUUCCUGUUGUUCACUUCGCGCAUGACUGCCAACCAGGCCAUUUUAACGGUGCGAUCCAAACGACCGAAUUCCAUCCAGACCAGAGGACAGCUGGCGUGUGUUCGGAACUUCGCAAAGUUCUUGGCUCCGCUGAGGAACGUGUUUGCCCACGCUGAACCGAGAGCCAAUCCCGUCACGCUGCCCCAGUUCCUGAUUCGUCAGAAACACAUCCUGCAUGGAGAUGAGGCUCGGCAGCUGAGAUACAUACCAAAACUUGUGCCACUCGUCUGCAAGCUCUUGCUGGACAUUGCGGAGAAGCGGCAGGUCAUCGAGGAGGAUGUUCUCGAGGUUCCAGACAUAUCUGAUGACGAGAACUCGGUUUGUUUUAAUACCAGAUCAGAACCUCAGAUCAGCAGUCACAUCAUGGUAGGAGCGGUUAAUUUCAAUCUACCUCGACUUCCAGGUCCAUUCGCGACUCCUAAGCACAGCUCCCAGGUGCCUCUUCACUACGCUCACAAGAACCUUAGCUACAGCGACUCAGAUCUGCGGAAACACUGCGAUACGCUAAACCUCUCAGGAAACCACUGUGUGAGGGCUGUGUCUCAAAUCAACAUGUCCCAUAACUGCCCUGAUGCCCCUCAGGGCACGCUGAGAGAUUUAUCCAGCUAUGGUUCCUGCAGCAGCCUGUGGGAUCUAAAGGCACGAGUGGAACAGGAAGAGGGACGUUCUCUUCUGAGCACUCGGCAUCAGUUGGUUCUACAGCGCAGCCAGUCGCUUGGUGUCUCCAAACAAACUCAGAAACAGAGGAACUUCUCGAAGGCACUGCUGUGGAAGAACAGUCAUGAAUGGAAUCAAAGGAACUAUAAAGGAGGUGAUGAUGAGGAGGAGGAAGAGGAGGAAGAGGAGGAGGUUCAGGUAUCAGAGGUGCCAUUCCUCACCAUCCAGUCGGAGCUGACUCUAGAGGCUCGGCGUCUGCUGGUUGCUCAGUCACUCGCGCUCGACCUGAAGCGUGAUGGAAAAGAGGAACAUGCCCACAAUGUCAGCAAUUGGCAGAUGGAUCUGAACUGUCAGGGAGGAUUUGAACGUCUGUGUUCGGAGAGAGAUCCGUUUGUUCUGACAGGAAUCCUGUGGUCCUGGUUAGAGCAGCUGAAGGAACCCGUUAUCUCACCUGCAGAUGUUCAGACACUGAAACAACAAAACACAGACCCUAAAACCCUCCUACAUCCUCUCCAGCGGGCCUCGAAGGAGACGCUGCUGUGUGUGUUGGAGUGUUUCGCUCGUCUCCUGGUGAUGCCUGAGGAGGUGGAGGAAGCGUUUGUGGAGAGAAUAAUCAAGGCCUUCACACAGAUGGAGAACGCUGGUGAAGGUCACGAUGUCUACGAGACAAUGACGUGGAUCCUGAGGCGUGUUUUACGGGACCUGAGGAGGAAUGCCAUGGACGAGCUGGACGCAGUGCAGUAGCAGCAGCAGUAGCAGGGUG